AUGGCGGAUCCAACGAAGCAGGAAUACGUCCUCUGGCCGUACACACCAUCCAUCGCCGGCGGUGCCAUUGCCUGCGCCGUAUUUGCUCUCCUCACCUGCGCUCACAUCUUCCGACUUGUCAAGAACAGCACAUGGUUUUGCACACCGUUCAUGAUCGGUGGUCUAUUCGAGACUAUUGGUUACGGCGCACGGGCAGCAGCACACAACGACACUGUUACCAAAACGCCCUACAUAAUCCAAUCCGUCCUCGUCCUCAUCGCUCCUAUCCUGUUCGCUGCCUCCAUCUACAUGGUCCUUGGGCGUUUGAUCCUGCGCACCGGUUCUGCAUCCUACUCAAUCGUGCGCGCCAACUGGGUCACCAAAAUCUUCGUCACCGGCGAUAUUCUGUGCUUCUUCAUCCAGAGCGGCGGUGCUGGCAUGUUGGUGCAGGCUUCGGACCAGGACGGUGUCAAGCGCGGUGAAAACAUCAUCCUCGGUGGCCUCAUCCUGCAAAUCCUGAUCUUCAUGUUCUUUGUCAUUGUUGCCGGAAGGUGGCAUCGCAGGCUGGAAUCCAGGCCUACGGCUGCCUCUGCCGAUAUUCCGUGGCAAAAGAUGGUGUGCUUUCUCUACGCUACGAGUAUUUUCAUCACCAUCCGUAACAUGUGUCGUGUGAUCGAGUAUGCUAUGGGCAAGAUAUGGUUUCCCAACCUUUGUUCGACCACACCAGGGCUAACUAUAAUGCAGGAGGGCUACCUUCUCCAACACGAGUGGCCGCUUUACAUCUACGACUGUCUCAUGAUGAUUGCCACUCUCGCCGUCUGCAUUACCUGGUAUGACCCGAACAUCAAGCCUGGACGCAAGACCGAUAUCGAAUUUGGCAUGCGAGGAUAG